AUGUCGACCAAAAAACAUUUACGGAGUCAAGCAAAAGAAAUUACUGCGAAAGUGUACCGCAGAAUGAAAUAUGAAGCGGAAAAUGGAGUGGAAAAACUAUCUGACGCUAGAUGGCGAACUGCUCAAGCCGUUGGUGUUAGUGAAUCUACGAUUACACGAAUUUUGAAAGAAGAGAAGCAAGCUAGUACAUCAAAUGAUACGUCACAAAAAAUUUUUAGAUCGCCCUCAAAACCAAAAAGGAAGCGUACCAAGUCUAACCUGGAUGAUUUUGAUAUGGGUAUACUUCGCAGAACGAUAGCGACAUUUCAUACAGAAUUUAAUGAAUUACCAACGUUAAGAAAGCUGAAGCAAGUAUUAACAGAAAGAAUUGGUUUUAACGGUUGUAUAGAAACUCUGCGUAUCAUUUUGUAG